AUGUCUCCAACACAAUUUGAGGAAUUGUUGUGUUUAAUAGGUCCUCAUAUAUGUAAACAGAAAGUUGUCAGAGAAAUAAUUUCGACGCCAGCACGACUUGCAUUGACACUGAGAUACUUAGCCACUGGAGAUUGUAUAACGUCAAUAUCAUAUCAAUAUCUUGUUGGUUUAUCAACAGCAGUCAAAAUAAUUACCGAAACAUGUCACAUUCUUUGGCAUAUUCUCAAAGAAAAAGUAUUGCCGUAUCCAUUAAAAACAACUGACUGGCUUAAAAUUGCGGAUGGAUUUGAUAAACAAUGGCAAUUUCCACAUUGUAUCGGUGCGAUUGACGGUAAACAUAUCAGAAUACAGUGUCCUGAUAAUGGUGGAUCAUCAUAUUAUAACUAUAAGCAUCAUCAUAGCAUCGUGUUAUUAGCAAUCUGCGAUGCUAACUAUUCAUUUACUUUUGUAGACAUCGGUGCUUACGGUCGACGAAGCGAUGGAGGUAUCUUCCGAGACUCCGAAAUGGGUCAAAAGUUCGAACAACAUGAAAUGAAUACUCCAAAACCAGAGUUGCUCACUGCUGAUGGAAUGCCUCUACCUUACGUGCUAGUAGGUGAUGAGGCAUUCCAAUUAACCAACUACUUACUGCGACCGUAUCCUGGAAGAGGUGGUCUCAAUCAGAAUCGAAAUAUUUUCAACUAUCGUCUUAGUCGUGCUCGAAGAACUAUUGAAAAUUCGUUUGGUAUAUUAGUUAGUCAAUGGAGAAUUUUAAAGAAACCAAUUGAAUCGACUGUUGAAAAUACAAUUAAAACUGUUCAAGCACUUGUAGUUCUCCAUAAUUGGCUUAGGAUCAAUGAUGAAAAUAAUACUUACAUUCCACCUCAUAUGGUUGAUAAUUAUGGACCCGAUGGAUUCAAACCUGGACUUUGGAGAGAGGAAAAAAAUUCAGCUUUAGACAAUGGUAAAGCUUAUGGUAAUAACUACAGCAGUCGUGUUGCAACAAAAAUAAGAGAUGAAUUUUGUGAUUAUGUAAACGCAGAAGGAGCUGUUCACUGGCAGUAUGACCGAGUUUGA